UUAACCCGCAAUCGGUAAUGCUGUGUGCUACAUCAAUCAGCUGAUUUUCAUCUUGCUCUGAAAAAGUAGCAUCAAUCAGGAUUAAAAUUUAUAGUCAAUGAAGUUAACAUUUAUUAAUUAAAAAAUGGCAUUGUUAAAUAAUUUGCUACUUUUUUCAUUAAAGUAUGCAAGACAAGCUGUUCUUGUGAGAUCGGAAACUCCAAGUCUUGCCAGUGUGCGUCAUGCUUCAAAAAAGUCAGGAACGAGUACAAGAAUAAAGCCAGGACAUCCGAGACCAAAACAUCGAGGUUGGAAAGUUCAGGAUGGUCAUAUGGUCCAACCUGGUCGUAUACUUGUUACUCAACGGGUAACACGAUUUCAUCCUGGACUUCAUGUUGGUUUUGGUAAAAAUGGAACAUUGUGGGCUUUGGAGAAGGGCAAGGUAGCCAUAACUUGUGAAAAAGUUGACCUCAAUUGGGAUCACACUUGGAUACAGAGAUGUUACGGCGGACGACAAAAUCAACUAAUCUACAAGAAAUAUUUUAAUGUCAUACCAGAAAAACACCACACUACUUUUAAACUUGUGGAUCUCAUUUAAUCAACGGCAACAACAACUUUUGUUCAAUUUUAUUUUGUUAUCCUGUAAUCAAAAUUAUCAAUGGAAAAAAAAAAUUAUAUGAAUUAAGACAAUUGUAACGAUGAUCAUUUACACAGGUGAAAACAUAUUAGAUUCUGCCCAUUGGAAA